CGGAAAUUUCCUGUAUUAGAAGCGAACUCUAUCGGAUACGGGUUAGAAGCGCCGAAAAAAAGAAGGGUUGUUUCUUGACCUUUAGCCGAGUGAAAUGCAUAUCAAUUUUUGAGUGUUUUUUCCUACUUUGUAUUUGUUUUUGAUCUGUUUCACGGACUCAAACCAAAUCUUGAUUCUUUGGCAUUUUCUCACAACUUCCCGUCUACCCCCAGAGAAUCAGCUGAAUCAAGAACUGAUUUUUAGAUUAUGUUCUCUUGAUUCUUUGAAAUGGGAACUUGAUUUUCAGUUUUCCAAUUCGAAUGUUUGUCUUCCUUAAGCUGGAAAACUUGAAAAAGGAAACCCCAGAAUGGAGGAAGUUUAGCUGGUGUACCACCUAGUCCUAUUGAACGUAGACAGAGGCUUUCUGUAUUCACUGCUAGGUGAUGGAAGAGCUCAACAAGGUGAUCUAAUCAUUCUACAAGCAAAAAAAUAUCAAUUAUCGAUAAUAACAGCCCAAAUGAGAAGUCCGGGAGAUGAUAUUUUCUCAAUCUAAGUCUUUCUAUAACAUAUUACUUGAAAGAGAACGAACACUUCCCUUACACUUCAGUUGGGUUACCAGAGCUUCAAGAAAUUCACCUUUCUUAACUUGAUGAACUGCACGGAAAGUCAUCUUUACUUCAUCAAUAAAAGAUCUGCAUGGAAAGCCAUCCACACAGAAGAAUGGAGGAGUAAAAUUUAUAAAAAUUGGUGUUUCAUAUGUAGGACUGCAAUAGAGAAUGUUAAUAAUUGUUGCUUCAUGGUUCGACACAAACAUGUUAUGGUGCAUGGUGUGGAAGGUGUUUGAAAUUGAAUUUAUGACAUCAACAAUAGUUAGAGAGACUACUAGGGUGGAUAUUUAGAAGGACGAGGCUGAAAAUGAGAUUGUUGAAGUUAGCUCCUUGUUUCAUGUAUCUUGGAUAAUAUAAACACGAACAAACAGAAGAGAAUUUGAAGGAACUGAAAGACCCUUGUAAAUGGUUUUGGGUGGGUAUUUAUUGGUGUAUUGGCAAGUUCAGUUCCCUCAUGGAAUUUGAUGAAAGACUUCCAAUAUAAUUUGUGUUUGUUAAAGUUCACUGGUAUUAUUGUUAAUCAUCCUUAAUUAGGCAAGGCUUGAAUGAUAUUAUCGGUCAUUUGCGCUUCACUGAUGCACAUUUGGAUGGUUAUAUCGGUUCUGCUUCUUUUGACGUGAUGACAUGGUUGUUCACCAUCAGAAGUAGCAGUAGCAGACUAGCUGUAGCAUGCUGUAUAAAGUCAAAGCUAGUAGAAGUUGGAGAGUCGGGAUAACAAAAGAGGCAGAAGAGAAGAAAAGGAAUAUAAAAAGAAGAGGCCAUUAUUCAACACCAAAGUAUUAGUCAAAAGAAAUUUGGGUCUCCAAAUAUGCUUCAUGAAAGAACAUAAAUAUUGCUGAUAUUUUCUAUCAAGGGCCACUAUGGGUGAAAAUGCAAAAAAGCGAAAGUCUUUGUGGGAUGCUGAAGAAGAGAGUCCACCGAAAUAUGAGGAGUGGGGACCUCCAAAACCUGAAAAUUCAUGGCAGUCCAAAAGUAGAUCAGGUUGGUCGUCUGGGGACAAUGUUACAGGAACUGAAGAUUUGAGGAAGGAUAACUAUCAUUACAAGAGCAUGUCUCCAGCUUUUGAAAGGCGGGAAAGGCGAAGCAAUAGCCACUCUCCAGAUAAUGGUCGGGCCCAGUCUCACAGAUACGUCGGCAGAGCCAGGAGCAGGAGCCGGGGAAGGGGAGAAGGUAGGAGCAGGAGUCGCAGCAGGGGACGGGGAAGGGGAGAAGGUAGGAGCAGGAGUCGCAGCAGGGGACGGGACAAGUUUAGGACCAGGAGCAGAAGCAGGAGCCGGGACAGGGGUAGUAUGAGAGUUCAGAAUAGGAGUCGUAGUCCUCAUAAUACUAAACGUGAUCCAUAUGCAUCAGGUGAUAGAAGAGCUAGCCUUCAUAUAUCUUCCCAGGUAUGCAGAAAUUUUGCAGCGGGGAAUUGUAGGAGAGGCAGUGAUUGCAGGUUCAUUCAUCUAGAUUCUGCCAGUCAUAGGGAUGAAGGUCAUUCAGAGGACAACUUGUCAGAAAGAUUGGGUAGUCGACCUGAGCGUGGGCAUAUCUCAAGGUAUAAUGAUAGUGAAGGUCCUGGGUACCAAUCAAGGGACAUGCUUCCUGAUAUGCAUCAUUUGGAGGAUGAGCUGAACAGAAAUCGGAGUAGAGGUACAAUUACUUGCAGGAAUUUUGUGAAAAGCAACUGUCGCUGGGGUGCAUCAUGCAGAUUUUCUCAUGAUGGUGCCUCAGGUGAUUACUAUGACAAGGGCACUCGGAGUACAUCCUUUGAGCAUGGUCAGGACAAUCAAGCAACCAGAACCGGGAAAUCACUUUGUGAGUACUUUGCUGCAGGAAAGUGCUACAAGGAUAAUUGUGAAUUCUCUCACGAUGCCACAUCAAGAAAUCAUGAAAUUAGGCCCUUGGAUGACAUUGGUGAGCAAGUACAUCAAAUGGAAUCCUGUCCAGCAUCUAUGAUAAAGAAAUUAGAGGAAGGACUGCAAGAAGCCCAACUACAAAGUGUCUUAAAUCCCUCUGGUCCUUCUGGAAUGCUACCUUCAAAUCCCAUUUCUUCACUUGUUCAUGCUCUAUAUGGUCAGACCAAUCCUGAGAUGAGGGUUCUAGAUAACUAUCAUCCUCCAGAUGGCUUAGAGCUGAAUACAUCUGGCAACUUUAAGUUGCCCCCGGACAAUUCAUUCUAUUUGGAUAGAGAUAGUAUUAAGGUUCCCAUGGACCAAGUGAAUCAAACAUCUACUGUUGAUCCUGAACUUGGAAAUAAUGAUCAAAUUGAUGAAGUGAAGCAGCAGGAGAAUGAAUUAGUUGAAGUUGAUGGAAAGGAUAAAUUAGCUCCGGGGGAGUCCAAGGAUGUGCAAGAAAAUGAUCAUCCAGGAACUAUGAAUCUGCAUGGAAAGGUUGAGGAGGGAAGCGGUAACAAAGAUGAAAAGGUGAUGCGAUUAUUCAAAAACGCUCUAAUAGAGUUCGUCAAGGAGAUCCUAAAACCCAUUUGGAAAGAAGGUAAGAUGAGCAGAGAAGUUCAUAAAACAAUUGUUAAGAAGGUGGUUGAUAAGGUGACUGGUGCGAUUCAAGGAGAACAAGUCCCUAAGACGCAAGAGAAGAUAGAGCAAUAUCUGUCCCAUUCAAAGCCUAAAAUUACCAAACUUGUACAGGCAUAUGUGGAGCGACUUCUGAAGAAUGAAGCUUGAGGUGCCGGACUCCCCUUCUCUUCUGGAAAAUUCAAAUUCAAUAAGGACUUGAUUUUCCAACAUGUACUGGAAGGUUUAGUUAUGUUAGAUAUCUUUGUUUGCUGAAAUCACAUAUCCUCAUAGUGUGAUAGAUUUGGUUUAGCAAGCUGUUUUCUGUUAUUCCGACCAUUUAUUUUCCGAUUUACCAUGUUUGAGCAUUAUAUGUUCCUUUCUUAUAGAUUCAAUCACAUGGUAGUUGUGCUGAUUUCUCAGUCUCCCUGCGUUUUCUUGUUGAGUCGAUUGUAGUCUUAACUUCUUUAUGAUUUUAUUAGUGAGUACCUUGUUUGUCUGAUAUAAUA